AAUUAAAUAAUUACAUGUAUAAGGUUAUAUAGUUUGUGUUGUCUAAUAUAUUUAUGUGUGUGUUGUGAAAGAGGAAACAAAUUAAAAUUAAGUACUAGAAUGGCAGAUUGGGGUCCAGUGGUAAUAGCAGUGGUGCUGUUUGUGUUGUUAAGUCCAGGGUUGUUGUUUCAACUGCCAGGAAGGAGCAGAGUGGUGGAAUUUGGGAACAUGCAAACAAGUGGUGUGUCUAUUUUGGUUCAUACUAUCAUAUUUUUUGGACUAAUUACUAUAUUUCUUAUUGCAAUUGGUGUGCAUAUCAACACUGGUUAAUUACUCACAUCACCCAGCUUACUGAUCUUUUACUCCAUUGUUUUGGUUUAAGUUUUUUUCUUACUCUGUUUGUGGUUUCAAUUUGUGUUGUUCUUAUUCUCAUCCUUAUUUAGGGAUUAUUCGCUGUCACUUGUCUUCACAUUGUUUAGAAGAGUCUUUGAUAUUCUAAAGGGGGAUAAUCGUGUGGGUUUGUACUGGGUACAAAGGAAUUCAUUUAAAAAAUGAUCAUAUUAUGUUUACCUAAUUUAUUUAUUGUCUCAUAACCCAACCCUAUUAUUUGAAUGGGUUAUAAAUCUAAGUAUGAAUGUUUAGUGA